AUGACCGGGAGGGUGCGCUCCCCGUGCACCUCUAUCUUGGAGUUAGAGUACGCGUUCGUGGAUGCCGGCGGACAGCUCCCAUGCGGUGGUGUCGAGGAGGAGGCCCGGCCCUCUGCUUAUGGAUCGCAGUGCACUUUUGCAGAUGCUCCGUCACCCAGGACGAGAUCAUGUCGACGCUCACCCUGUGCAGUGCGUCUGGCUCAGCUGACCUGUGGGCUCCAUCCAUCCUCGCAUCAUAUGGUGCGCUUGGAGGUGAUGCUUCGGUCCACCGAGGCGUCAUCCAAAGCAUCACGAGCGAUCGGGACCGGUUCACCGCUUGGUUGUCUCGCUCUACAAUCGGCACCCGUCUACUCGAGGGUGUCAAGCACUGCCAGCUGCUGCGGCAGACGCCUGGCGGGUGGCCCAGGUCACCGCUCUCCGGUGUGGGCAGGAUCAGUCCACUUCUGUCAGCCAGACACUCCAAGGAUCCCGACUUGCCUGUCGAGGGAUUCAUAUGGGCCGCGUGUGGGUCCGUCUGGACAGGCGGGGCGAGUGAUUGGUGCCAUCACUAGCUUCAAGCUCUUCGUUGCCUUGGAAGCUCCUUAA